UACCCAUUCAGAGCUAAGCUUAUACCAUUACUCAAGGAAUCAUGCUUGGCAAGGCUAGCAUUUCACAAGCAAGUGCAUCAUUUGGUAAUCGAUUUUGCGUCAUUUGACACUAUACGACAAGAAAGAUCGAAGCAUAGUGAAUUAACAGACCUUUUGAAUCUGUGCACAAAUGUUAAUCGGCUGGACAUUGUUUAUGAUGCUAAAUUUACAGUGCUGACAUCCACAGGAACUCGUGACAAACAGCACCUACAAAAGCAAAAUAUUGCAGAUGACACACAACGGAUAAAAUGUCUGAAUUUCGUGGGAUUUAAUCCUAACCAGCGUUGUCCUUGCUGUGCAGGGAAGGAGUGGGAUCAAUACUUAUGGCCGCUUUUAGGUUCUUUGACUUCAAUAGAAACGAUAACCCUCCGGAACGCUUUACCGACAAGUCAAGUUUUUCAAACGUUAUGCGAAAACCCAAUGCUGAAGAAAAUCAUUUUUCAUAAAACAAUGGUCACUCUACCUUUGCGAAGGAAAAAAAGAAAGAUAAUACAGACAGAUGAUACGACAUAUUCAUCUUCCCAAAUUCCUUCUCAACUAUGGUUACAAGUGAAAUCCAUAGAGAUCUACGAGGAUAUAGACGAUGUCACCAUUCCAAAAAGUAGAAAAUAUCUCGAUGAGCUUGCA